AGGAAAAGAAAAAAAAAGUUAGAAACUGUUCCGUGAACAGCAGAGAGCGCAGAUAGAGUGAGGAGUAGGCAAGAAGGACGGAAAAUAUUCAGAAGAUUAAACAGGCAAUAGGCUUUAAAGCGAAUGUUAACCUGCGUGAGUCACUCUGUAACUACAGGUUCACUUGUCUCCACUGGACUGCUGAAGGUGUGCUGCUGGCUUUAGGUUGAAGUUUGCGCACCUGAGAGGAUCUAUAAUAGUGUAGAGUAAGUCAACCUGCGGCUCGAGAUAUAAUAAAAGGACAAUAAGAAAUAGGUUUUUACCAAUAUACACAAGACAAUAUUUAUUCCAACUGGCAAUAUCUGUAAGAUGUUUAGGUUAGUUUAGAGGAGCAUAAUUGCACGUUUUCUUUGCCAAACUCUUCUCUUGGAUAUCUAAAAUUAACGACGUUUCAAGUCAGUGGAUUUUUUUUCUGUUGGUGCCUUUUUACUGCGAGGAUUUUAAAAAAAGAGAAAGCUUUCAGAGCUCAAACAGUCUACUGAAAUCUUACUCUUUCCUGGAUCAUGUACCAGGACUACUCCGGGAACUACGACACCUCGUCCCGCGGCAGCAGCACCUCUCCGGCCCAGCCAGAGUCUUUCACAAGCGGCAGCAGCACGAUCGGCAGUCCGAUCUCUACCUCAGCCUAUCAGAAGUACCGAGUUGAUAUGCCCGGCUCCAACAGUGCCUUCAUCCCCACCAUCAAUGCAAUCACGACAAGCCAAGAUCUACAGUGGAUGGUGCAGCCUACCGUUAUCACCUCCAUGUCCAACCCUUACUCCCGCUCCCACCCGUACAGCCAUCACCUGACCAAUGGUCCGGGGCUGCUGGGGCACAACACGCUGGCACGGCCCGGGGUCAUCCGUUCCAUCGGGGACGCCAGGGGCCGACGCAAGAGGGACGAGCAGCUCACCCCAGAGGAAGAGGAGAAAAGGAGAGUGAGGCGUGAGAGGAAUAAGUUAGCCGCCGCCAAAUGCCGCAACCGCAGGCGAGAGCUCACCGAGUUGCUGCAAGGGGAGACUGAGAAGCUGGAAGAGGAGAAAGCAGACCUGCAGAAGGAGAUUGAGAGCCUGCAGAAGGAGAAAGACAAGCUGGAGUUCAUGCUGGUUGCUCAUAAUCCCGUGUGCAAGCUGCCCAUUGAUGAACGCCAUCAGUCAUCAGGGCACCAGCAGCAUCAGCAGCAUCAGCAGCAGUGUGCCCCCCUCUCCCUGACCAUGCGCCCUAGCAUGGGCACCCGAAACCACAUGAACCAAGUGGUGGUGAAGCAAGAGCCGGACGACAGCGAGGAUGGUGUGGGUAAGCCCCAACGCUCCGUCAUCAAGCCCAUCUGCCUGGGUGGCGGCAUUGUCAGCGGUGGGAUGUACUGCACAGAUGGAGAUAGCCUGAAUACACCGGUGGUGGCAGCGUCCACCCCUGCAGCAACGCCCAACGCCCCAAGUCUCAUAUUCACCUACCCGAGUAUGCUGGAGCAAGAGAGCCCCUCGCCCUCUUCCGAGUCCUGCUCCAAGGCCCACCGGCGCAGCAGCAGCAGCGGAGACCAGUCUUCAGACUCCCUCAACUCACCCACUCUGCUGGCCCUCUGAGCGAGGGUUGGGCAUGGCAUGGAGAAACAAACACUGUGGCCGAAGGCAAGCAUGAGGAUCAACUGCGCGUCCCCCUCCAGUGUCUUUAAAGACCCAAGAGCACAUUUUAAAGUCCAGACCAAGCUGACCAUGUGAGAUGUCUUCCCUCCGCAGGGAGACCCACAAGGGCUACGCUGUGUGUUUCUUCUUGUUCUGCUUCAGUGUAAAAUUUUUUACUUGUAAAAGUGUGUGCACCAGUUCUAAAAAGUGUCAUCCCUUUGCCAUUUCAACUCCCGAGUGUCAACUUGUUUACUGGGCAGACAAUUUUAAAGAAAGACAUGCCUAAUCUGGCAGUUGUGAGUUGAUGUGACUACAACUUGAGAGCGCGUUCUUAAUAUAUAUAUUUUUUGAAAAAUGUUUAAAGCCAUGUGGCCGACACUUGCACUCCGCCAAGACGAAUCAAUAAAUCACUAAACGAGGUCAGCAUUUUACUGGAAUUUCUGAGGAGAGAAAGAGACAAUGAGCAAAGACUUUCUCUUUUUUCCUAUUUAGAUUUGUCCUUUCACAUCUCACGAACUCGGACCUUGAUCAGGAAUCGCUACUACGAGUGUGUACACAUUUCUGACGUUAUUUCCAUCUCUUUAAUUGUAUUUAUGACCUGUGCUGAGAAAUUUUACAAAGUGUUUUGUUGCGACAUUGUCCUCUCCUUGAUCUGCCUGUAGAAAAGCAACAUGGUCGCCCAGAGGGUGACCUGGCAAUCCUCAGUGUUGCAAAGGAUACGAGCCAACUUUAAAUCAAUGACUAGUUCCUCAAUACUCUAUACUGUCUAUUUUGCCAUAGUGGCUUGACUACAGUAGUAUCGGUGUGCUUUUCCUCAGUGAUUCUGUAUCUGAACUUUACAACAUGUUUAUGACAAAGUGUAUGUGAUUUACAUUGAUGUCAGGGAUAUCUCUCAUGUAUAGUAGAACCCCAUCAUGGAGAACAUUGCAGGACUGCAGGCUGUUGUACGGUCUAGCCAAAGUGUUGCAGUGGUGGUACUAUAUGAGGAGGGACGAAACACAUCGGUCCAUCGUGUCACAUCAAGAAAGGUCUUUUUGCUCCGUUUCAAAGACAACCUAAACAUUUGAAGAAAACCCUCCUCCACCAGACUCUGUCGUUCUCUUGCUUUGUUUCUUACGCUCUCUAAAUAAAGGUCUUACCUUUUUCAACACUGCCAUUCAGGGCAGGUCAGGUUUCACAAAGCCAAAAAGGUUUGUAUGACACAUGUAAUCCCAUAAUUCGUCAGUCUUUGUCUAAAAGGAGGGAUUUUGCUCAAAUUUGAAAAAGCCACUGUGGUCUAGACUGUCGCCAGCUGCCAAUGAUGUCAACCCUGUUUAUACUGUGUUUGUAAAUCUGUCACUUUUAGUAAAGAAAAUGAUGUUUAAAUUCAA